AGGAAGGGGCCGGCCUCGCGAGGCCCCCCCUUGUCAUUGGCAGCCAGGGCGAAGGCGCCGGGGCGAUGUCUUGCUGCGGGAGCGGCGCCGUGGGCGCGCGAGGCCUCGGCCGCCUCCUUCUGCUCCGUGAGUGAGGGGCUGCCGGCGGGGGGGGCGGGGCCAGGCCGGUGGAGGCGGGGCCAACGGGAGGGGGGGUCUCGUCACGUGACGCUGAACUACUUUUCCUCCCCCCCAUAAAUUUAACCCUUAUCUCUGCCCUUUUCGGGGUGGGGGUCCUCUCAAUCACCCCUUUCUGUUCUGAAAUGGAAUUAAAGGUAAGGGAAGGAGGUAUAGAUAUUGCACGUUCGGGGAAUUUGCAACCAUACAAAUAAUAAUAAUAAUAAUAAUAAUAAUAAUUUAUACCCCGCCCAGCUGGCUGAAUUUCCCCAGCCACUCUGGGCGGCUUCCAACAAAAGAUUAAAAAUACAUUAAAACAUCAGUCAUUAAAAACUUCCCUAAACAGGGCUGCCUUCAGAUGAGUUAAGAGCUGUCCUUGGCCACAAAUAAGACAUGUAGGGCUGCAUAUGAAUUCAAUAAAUGCUAAUAAUGAUAAUGUGGGGUUGGGGGUUUGGGGGGUGGGCAAGAACCUCAGUUAAGUAUUUUUUAUGGAUUUACUUGAUUUAGUGGGUGGCAGCUGCCUCCCCUCUUGGCUACACCCAUGUCUGCAUAUCAGAGCCACAGCUCAGCAAUACCUCAAGGACCACCUCUUUCCAUAUGAACCUACCCGGAUCCUGAGAUCAUCUUCUGAGGCUCUCCUUCGUGUGCCUCCUCGAGAGGUCUGGAGGGUGGCAACACGAGAGCAGGGCCUUUUCUGCAGUGGCUCCCCAUCUGUGGAAUGCUCUCCCCAGGGAAGUUCACCUGGCACCUUCGUUGUACACCUUUUUAACUAGGCCUUUGGGUGAUAUGAUUGACAUCCUAUGCCCUUUUUAAAAAGUGGCUCUUUUUGGUGUGUGUGUGUUAUUGGGUUCUUGUUUACAUUUUGAUUUUAUAUAUUGUGAUCUUUUCUGUGAACUGCCCUGAGACCUCCGGGUAUAGGGCGGUAUAUAAAUUCAAUAAUCGAUCAAUCAUAUAAAUUCAAUCAAUCAAUAAGCAAGCUAUGGUGUGUGUGGUGGCCAGGGUUUUUUACCCCAGAGGGGCAUCCUUGAGGCUCCCAGCUUGUGUGUGUAUACAAAUACAUAUGGGGUAUUUGUGCCAGUCUGAGUCUUUGACCUGGGUGGAUUAAAGCCUAGUUAUGUGUGUUUAUACUUCUGCUGGUGCAGAAGUUCAGCCAUUUGGUCGCUCACUGGAGAAAGAUGGUUUGAGCAUCUUGCACCCAUCCUGGUCUGACUGCGCUGGCUUCCACUCAGCUUCUGGGCCCAAUUCAAAGGGCAGGUUUAGACCUAGAAAGCCUUAAACAGCUCAGGACCACAGUACCUCAAGGACAGGCUCUCCCCAAACGAACUGACCUGGACCCUGUGAUCAUCCUCAGAGGUCUUUCUUCGUUUGCUUCUUCCGCAGGAGGUCUGGAGGGCGGCGACAUGAGAAGGCGACCUUUUCUGUGGUCCCUCGCUGUUUGUGGAAGUCUCUCCCCAGGGAGGCUCGCCUGGUGCCAUCAUGACACUUAGGUGCUAUUGAUCUCAAGCAAACACUAGUUUCUGGCUUGGGCUGGGCUAAUUUUGCCUGGGAAUUUUAGUUCCAGUGGCGUAGCUAGGCGUGAGCCCCAGAUCUUUUUUUUUUGCUUCACCCCAUAUCUCCACCUUCUUCCCACCUUGUAAGAAUUACUGUUAUUAAACCUUUUUGCUUCCAUAGUCACUGGGCAUGCUGCAAAGCAUAGUGGCACCUGCCAUUUUAAGUUGAUCUGAGCCCUAAUUUUUUAUCUGUAGAUUUAAAAUAAGGACUUAGGAAGUUGGGACACGGGUGGCACUGUGGGUUAAACCACAAAGCCUAGGGCUUGCCGAUUGGAAGGUCGGCGGUUCGAAUCCCCGCGAGGGGGUGAGCUCCCGUUGCUCGGUCCCUGCUCCUGCCAACCUAGCAGUUCGAAAGCACGUCAAAGUGCAAGUAGAUAAAUAGGUACCACUCUGGCAGGAAGGUAAAUGGCGUUUCCGUGCACUGCUCUGGUUCGCCAGAAGUGGCUUAGUCAUGCUGGCCACAUGACCCGGAAGCUGUAUGCCGGCUCCCUUGGCCACUAAAGUGAGAUGAGCACCGCAACCCCAGAGUCGUCUGUGACGACCUAAUGGUCAGGGGUCCCUUUACUUUACUUAGGAAGAUAGGAAGCUGCCUUAUAUUGAGUCAUACCCUUGAUCCAUCUACCUUAGUGUUGUCUACACUGAUUGGAAGAGGCUCUCCGGGGUAUCAGAAGGGGCUUUCCAAGUCCAAAGAUGCUUCAGAGGAGGGGGAGGGGCUUGAGCCUGCAACCUUUGCCAUGCAAAAAUUUGCUCUGCCAAUGAGUUGCAGCCCUUCGCUGUAACACAGCUGGUUAGCUUCAGAUGUAUGCAAGCACGUGUUUGUGACAUGCUUGUACCGCAAAAUCUUCCACUCCCCCUGGGCUGUUUUGUUUGUUGCCUGGGCACUCAUUGGUGCAGAUCUUAAUUCCCCAGACCACACACUCGGUGCUACCUCGGAAUUAAAAAUACAGUACAGUAGUUAAAACACUUUGCUGCUCCUUGAGAUGUAUUCCCCCUCUUCCAUUAAACUAAAAUAAAUAAAUAAACAAAACCCAGGCAAAAUAAAAACCACAGGCCAUGUGAGGUUUGGUGUGUAGUUGAAUUCUUACUGGAGGAAAGGCACCUCAUCUCAACCAUAAUUGCUUUUUAUGGCUUUAUAGCUAUAGCUUAACAAUGUGAAAACCAAGAGUACACAUUCGCAGUGGAACAAUAUAAUGAAAGUUGAGUGGCACGUUUCUGCAUGCUCUCAUACUUUCUUUUGUUCCUGGAUGUAUUCCUGGGUUCUGUUCACGUUUGUCUGGAUGAAGAGUGUAGAAUUUUAAAAAAUGUGUUUGUGUUUUGCACGUUUCCUUGUUCCCUCUCUCUCUCUCUCUCCUCUCCCCCCCCCUCUUUUUUGAGUUUCAUGAGACCAUCAGUUUUUCUUUUUUGAUUCCAUCCUUUGCUGUUCCAGCAUGAGCAGAAUGGACUUUUGCUUGUGAAAUGGGACCUCACCUCCCUUUUCUCUUCUUGCAUGUACAUGGAAUCUGCUGGGGGGGGGGGGAAUUUGGGGACCCUCUGGAGCAGAUUUGAGGGGUGCACAGGGUUUAAGGUGGUGCAGAAGAGAGGAUGAUAAAAUCCCAUUGGCCAAGGGAACAUUCACUCACGCAGCAUUGGAUUCCACCCAGUUUAUAUGCAUCUAUCUAGUUUGACCGACAUGAGUUUUUACUGAGUUCUUAGUAAACAGCUGUAACUUGUGGUUGCAGCCCAAAAAACCCCUCCCCCCUCCAGUCUCUUGGCAUGUGCAGGGGUUUAACACUGCAGACAUGUAUCUGCUUAAACUAGAGCACAAUGAACAAUGCUGGUUUAUAGCAAUUGCUAUAGUAAUUAGUUUUGUGAGUCUCAGAACUUGUUUGGUGAAGUUAAUAUUUCAGGAUGAUGAGUGUAUAGCGCCCACCCAUUCUGGAGUUCAUCGGGACUAGAAUACUUGGAUUUAAGCCCAUUGAUUAAAUUGUGCCAUCUUAAAACUAAAGCAUUUCAGCUUUAUUAGAUUGUUGAUCAGCCUAAUUAGAGCUAAUUGGAGCUUCAAGGGCUCUGAGCCAUCCCUAACUGCUUUUUGAAUGACAGGUACUUGCACUUGUGCAAAAGGAAGCGCAUGGUUUCGAAUGCUGCCCCUUACACAAUUUUAGAUUUCAUUCUCUUGCUGUUGAAAAUCCAAAUUUGAUGGGGGCGGGGAGGAAACAACAUAUGACUUGAUGUGUUAGAACACAAAUUAUUAUUGGGGCCUGAAUGAAGUUUAUGAUUUCUUCCUUAUACUGCAAAUGUUAGGGCCCAGUUAAAAUGUGAUGGCUAGAACCUAUCCUCUAAGGUUUAAAGAACAAGGCAGAACUAUUUGCAAAGGGGCUUUGAAGCAGCACCCAGCAGGAUGGAAAGUCUCCAUUCAUCAGCUGAUAAGCGGAGACUUCAGUCCUGCGCCCUGCCAUGAUCUCAGCAGGAUUCAAUCCCACACUGAUGAGAAUGGGUCAAAUACUGCUGCUUUUGCUGCACAUGUCAGUUCCAUGUGGGGAAUUGACACAAUCAGCCAGUGCAGAACUGAACACCGACCAUCAGCUGAUGUCACCCAUCAUUCAGAGUGAUGUCAGCUAAUUGGCAGAUGGACAUGGUUUUGGAAAAAUAGCAUCGUGCUCUGAAAGUUACUUUGGUAAUUGCUUUUGAAAGCUCCUAUUCUUUCAAUAAAAUUGUUUGAGUUAAUAUUAAAGGUGCAAUGAUCUUUCUUUUUUCUUUUUAAAAAGCAGACUAACAUGGUUGUCCUGUAAUUUGUCAAAAAAAAGGGAUGAUAAAGUUUAAUUUUCUGAGUUGUGCAUUUAUCCUGCGUUCACAAAAUAAGGCGAUCGAGCUUUUUCUGUAUUUUUUUCCCCUAGUGCAGAAAAAUGGGGUACGGCAUUGUUCCUAUUUGGCCACACGAAAGAAUCUCUACAUCACUAAAGACACAAAGGUCGUUUGUCAGGGUUUUACCGGCAAACAGGUAUGUGUUUGGCUGUACCUUUCUCGUACUGUUGAAGAGUGGUUUUCAAACUGGGUUUGAGGAGCCCUGGGGUUCCUUCGGUGAACUUUGCAAUGGUCCAUUAGCAAGAUUUGGGAUGGCAGACCAGCUUCCUUGAAAGACAGCUUGCUGCUGCCGCUGUUCGUCUUCCCCUGCAAUGCACAGCUGGGAUGAAGUUUCUGGUGUAUUCUAAGACAUGUUCCCAGCUUGUACAGAGCAUUGGCUGCAAAUGCUCAUCGCACUAAGCCAAACCGUGGCAUAUUGUGAAUGUGCAAUCAUGUUGGCUUCUUAAGAGGAGAUCUCAGUCACUUUGCACCUCCCCAGACUUUUUAGGUCUCCUUGGCAGUGAAGCCAAGGUUUGGCUUCAUGAGUUCUCUGAAUCCAGGAUUGUGGUUAAGGUCUCUCCUGAAUCACAAACGGUAGCCAAAGUUUGUUCGAUGGUUUCAGGUCUUGUUUAAGAAGGAGACACCUUAACCACGAUCCCAGGUUCAGAAGACAUGCUAAGUCAAUCCUUGAUGUUCCACACUGACCCAUACACCCCCCUCCCAGCCUGGCGUCAAAAUUGGGUGGUGCAACACCUCCUCUCAUCUACUCAGAAGAAGGAGAAGCGUUCAGCGGAGCCUGCAUAAAGGCUGCAAGCUCUUCUCCAGGAGCCAGCAUAGUUCUGCAGUGACAUUGAGCCAUGUGACGUAUGAACCAUACCAGUGCUGCCCCAUAGGCCUAACCACUUACCUGCACUCGGUAAGAACUGGGCACUCAGUAAGACAUUUGGGGGCACCAGGUCUUCUGAUACACACAUGGAUUUGUUUUUAGGAAUGCUGAUGUUUGUGGGGAUCCCUGGAGGUAGAAUCGCAUGAACAUCAUAAGAGGCCUGCUGGGUUACAGCGAAGGACCGCAGUAGCUAACUAGAUGCUCCUGAGAUCUUCCGAGUGUGAAGGCAGCAUCACUCCCUUUUUCCCAGUGUGGGGCUCAAACCCUAAUACAGUGGUGCCUCGCAAGACGAAAUUAAUCCGUUCCGCGAGAGUCUUCGUCUAGCAGUUUUUUCGUCUUGCGAAGCAACCCUAUUAGCAGCUUAACGGAUUAGCGCUAUUAGCGGUUUAGCGGCUAUUAAAGGCUUAAAGGCUUAGCGGAUUAGCUGCUAAAAGGCUAUUAAAGGCUAUUAAAGGCUUAGCAGGUUAGAUAAAGGGGGCGAAAAGCGAAAAAAAUCUCAAGACUUGCAAGACAUUUUCGUCUUGCGAAGCAAGCCCAUAGGGAAAUUCGUCCUGCGAAGCAACUCAAAAACGGAAAACCCUUUCGUCUAGCGGGUUUUCCGUCUUGCGAGGCAUUCGUCUUGCGGGGCACCACUGUACUAAGAGUUUCCUGCUCUACUGACUGAGCUAGUGGAUUGGGAGAAGACUUAGUCCAAAUAAUAGUAGUGCCCAAGGUCAUGGAAGGUUAGUUUUAUGUUGUAUAUGUGUUGUAAUUAGAACUGGCCGACAGAUCUAGUUCUGAAACCGUUGUUCAAGUUCUAAACGUCAGUACAAACUAGAGGAAACACAUUUUUUUGUUCUCCUGCAUACAGUUUGUAUCUGCCUAUACUGCAAAUGGUGUCUUCUAUUUAUAGCUUCUCAUGCCACACUUAAUGUUUGGAAUGCUGAUCCAUCAUGGGUCACAGAAAUGAAGCUGUGCCUUAGUUCUAGAACGCAGUAGGGCAUAUUCCUUGUCUGUUAACUUGUGGCUUUUUCUACUUCCGACUUUUCGGUUUUUAAGGAAAGCAGCAGAAUUGACCUUGGGUGCAUUUGGUUUAGUCCAGGAGUGAGGAGCUUGUGGUUCUGCAGUUACCAUUGGACUUCCAUUAGUCCCAGCCAGCAUAAUGGUCAGAAGUCAUGGAAUUGUAGUCCAAAAACAUCUGGAGGGACACAGGUUCCUUACCCCUAGUUUAGUCCAAGGCCCAGACUGACUAUGCAGAAUUUACUGUUUACUACAAUUGAAUGCUAUAUCUCUGGACUGUGCCACUUAAUAUUGCAGGUUUGAGAUGGCACAUUUACAUGCUUCCCAGGCUUGAUAAAAAACAGCCAAGCAUUUGUUCCUCUGCACUUAGAAAUCUAGCACCUCAUGCUAGCAGCGUAUGCUUGAUUUUUAUUUUUUUUUAAAAUGGAUCAUGGUUACUGGCUCUCAUGCAGCUCCCAUUUCUUUCACUGGCCUUGUGCAGGAGAAGUCUAGCUUUGCAUCACUUUUGUCCUCCUAUCUUAACCUAGUUUUUGUUAUGUUUGUAUUUCUCUUGCAGGGUACCUUUCACAGUCAACAGGCGUUGGAAUAUGGCACCAAUCUAGUAGGAGGGAUUUCUCCUGGCAAAGGGGGCAAAACUCACUUGGGGCUUCCGGUCUUUAACUCCGUGAGGGAGGUAAUAAUAUAUUGCUAUAUGAGAACUGAUCCCACAUCUUGAUUACAUCCAGACUAGAUCAUCCAAACGUUUCACCAAAUAUCCGUGCAGUAGAAAGCAAAUUUCCGCUUCUGAUGAUGAGGAUAUUCUUUUGGCAUGGCAAACAGUUUGAAAGAUCGAUGAUUUCUUCUUCUUUUUUUAAAUGUAAUUGUAUCUUAGGCUAAAGAGAAAACGGGUGCUUCUGCCUCUGCAAUAUAUGUGCCGCCACCAUUUGCCGCCGCCGCAAUCAAUGAAGCCAUUGACGCAGAAAUCCCCCUCGUUGUGUGCAUUACAGAAGGUAUUCCCCAGCAGGACAUGGUGCGUGUCAAACACAGAUUGCUUCGUCAGGAGAAGACUCGGCUCGUUGGCCCAAAUUGCCCAGGAGUGAUCAACGUAAGGGCUCAAGCAAAGUUAAAACUAGCGGAGAUCUUCUUAAGAGAGUAGAAGCCUAUAUAUUUUGGCUAAAGGCAGGCGUGCCAUCUGAUUAACAUUCUUGCCUGUCCUGUAGGCACCAUCCUCGUGAGCUGUAGUGUUUUCCCAGUGUUGCUUGACUCCACUUCCCAGCUUCCCUCACCAUUUUUAAAAAUAUAUAUGUGUAUAAUUUUUAUUAAAUUUUCUGUUUUACAAUUUACAAUACUCAUUUAUGCAUCCUUAAGAUAUCAAUGACUUCCCUUCUCUUUCCAUGGUUCAUUUUGCAUAUCAUAAAUCCCUGCGUAUUUUACAAAAACUAAACAAUUCAGUAUUCCAUUAAUACAUCCAUCAAACCUUAUUUACACUGUUGAAUUUAUCUUAACGCUGCCAACAUUUUCAGGUGUGCACAAUUCCCCCCCCCCCCAAUAUAUUCAAUAAACGUUUUCCAUUCUUCUCUAAACGUAUGUUCUUGUUCUCUAAUUCUAUACAGUGGUAGCUUGGGUUACGAACUUAAUUCGUUCCAGAGGUCCGUUCUUAACCCAAAACCGUUCUUCACCUGAGGCGCGCUUUCACUAACGGGGCCUCCCACUGCCACCACCGUGCAAUUUCCGUUCUCAUUAUCUAUGAUAAGCAAAAUGAACCAUGGAAGGAGAAGAAAGGAAGUCACUGAUAUUUUAAGGAUGUUAAAAUGGGUAUUUUAGAAUAACAGAAAAUUUAAUUAAAAAAUUAUAUAGAAAAGAUGGGUGGGGUACGAAAAAUAAUACAGUGGUGCCCCGCAAGACGAAUGCCUCGCAAGACGAAAAACUCGCUAGACGAAAGGGUUUUGCGUUUUUUGAGUCGUUCCGCAAGACGAAUUUCCCUAUGGGCUUGCUUCGCAAGACGAAACAUCUUGCGAGUUCUUGCGAGUUUGUUUCCUUUUUCUUAAAGCCGCUAAGCUGUUAAUAGCCGCUAAGCCGCUAAUAGCCAUGCUUCGCAAGACGAAAAAACCUCAAGACGAAGAGACUCGCGGAACGGAUUAAUUUCGUCUUGCGAGGCACCACUGUAAUUACUACUACUACUAUAAUGAAAAACCAACUUUUUUCAAACUUCGUUUUGGAGACCCCUGGAGCUUAAUAGCAAGAAGAUCAGCUUUCUCGCACAGUGCCUUGCAUGCUGCAUCUGAUCUUCCUGGAGCCACGGGGACAGUGUGCUCUGUUCAUGCAAGGCAUAGCUAACACUCCAUAAGGAUUGACUGCAUACCCUCUUCCAUCAGCAUCUGGAGGGCAGCAGGGUGGCUACCUCUGCCCUGGAACAUGCCCCACAAUCCUGUGCAAAGUACAGAGGACUUGCAGCAAGUUCAGAGGUCGCUUUGGGCAGUCUUGACACACUGGGAAGGAGUCUUAUAGAGGAAGGUUGUGGUGGUGACUUCGGAUAAGUGUAUGAAAUGAUGUUCAUCAAGUUUGUUUUGUUUUUAGCCUGGAGAAUGUAAAAUUGGUAUCAUGCCUGGCCACAUUCACAAGAAAGGAAGAAUUGGUAAGAUCUCAAAGAUUUUUCUAGUGUGUUUUUGAAAAAUAAUAACAACAACAAUAACAAAAACCUGCAGUUGUAUUCGCUCUAAUACAAUAGGGUAUGCAUUUGGCUUAACACCCUAGCCUUCAAGAUAUUAGUCAAUGUUGACGAUGUCAACAUACCCACCACCUUUUGAUUUGGCAGGUCCUGUGCAGGAACUAUAAGAGAGGCAGGUUUGAAGCAGCAGAGCUUGCUUCAGGGACAAAUUCAAAUAAAACACGUGUGCCAUCUUAUCAUAUUAGCUAGGGCCAAGUGCUCCCAUGCAGAACCCAAAGUCUUCGGAGGGGGAAAUCAGAAUGGCAGUCUUCUAGUAAGGCCCAACUGAGUCCAGUCUUGAAAUAUCCAACCAAGUCUGCCCUUAGUUUGCAGCCUGUGUUAAGUGCGAACAUAUGCACACUUCAAAAGAAAGAUAACUCCCAGGUUGGCUUGAGUGCUCCCUCCCCAACCUAAAGACUGGAUUUUAGAUUCCUCAAGUGGUGGUGCGCUGUUAUUUUCGCACAUGCAGCAAAGGCAGACACUUCAUAUAAAAACGAUUUGCCGUAUGGGUGAGCAUUAUAUCGAAACUCAAACGCCAUGCUCUUUUAAAUGGGCAGUUUCAAAGUCGACUGCUGUCCUCUUUUAAGUUUCAAACAGUGGUUGGUAACACAACGGGCUUUGCUGAGUUCUUGUGGGGUUUGAUUUCUUCAAUGUCACAAUCAGGACACCUUCCUGCACACUCUGCCCUUUGAAUAAGUAAACUCCAGACAACGGGAAAUCUUUGCGAAGCUGCUCUUGGUGUGUGUUUGUUUCAAUAGGGCUUAUACUUCAGGGUUUGCUGGUAUAAUGCUCCUAUGUUGCUCUUACGUUGCAUUGUGUGGCUCAGGAAUCUCUAGUGUAACUUAACUUACAUGAUCUUCAACUUAUGGCAAGGAUACUUUUUGAAUGUUAUGUGCUGAUCAUGAAAUUAGAACUUACAAGGUUCAAAGGUCAGCUUGUUACGUAAGUUGCUAUAUGUAAAUUUGUAUAGCUAUAUCUAUCUAUAUAUCUUUUUUCUUCUUUUCUCCUUUCCAAACCCUUCAGGUAUUGUGUCGAGAUCUGGCACUCUGACAUACGAAGCUGUUCAUCAGACAACUCAAGUUGGACUGGGACAAUCCUUCUGUGUUGGUGGGUUUGAGAGAGGCUCAGUCAGUGUGUAAGAAAAUACAUAUGAUCUUAGCAACCACUUAAGAAAUGCUAACUCCCAUCCCACUUUGCAUUAAAUGUGCGUUUUGCAGUAGUGUUAAACCAAAUUGCCCCCCAGGGUGGGGAGACACAACUGGGGAGGGGCAGUCUGAUGACUGGGGCCACAAGUGGAUGGAUUAUAUGGCUGAGAGUUCAAUUUUGCAAGUGAGAGUGAAAGGAGAUGAGUGAAUCCUAACUCUUUUAUCCUGUAUCUCUUUUGGCAUCCCUUUGGUUCCACUCUGGUUGAAUUCCAGAAUUUCAGAUUUAGGAAGUUCAGGCUGUAGUUUGCACAUGUCUCCCAAACUGGUGUUACUGUGCAAAUAAAAAGAAAGAGUUGCCUUCGGAAAUUCAUUUUCUAAUUUACAUUUGGCGUGUUGAUUGGAAAGAGGCAGAAAAGGAAGCAGGAAUUCUCUCUCACUUGACUUAAAAAAAUCUGGCAGUUUACCUCUGGAACAGUUAACUGAGUCUGACAUUUUGAGUUCUGCUCUGGUAAAUGUGCCCAGCACAAGAGAAUUUCAACACCAGGGUGAGAAUCCAGAAGAGGAGGAUUUUAACUGCUACAAAUGAAGGUGAGGCCUUAAGCCAAGUCUUAGAUACUGCAUUCCUCCUUCAAAGUUGUAGCCUGCUGAAGGAUUGCCAUGGUAGCCUUAGGCCUUGGGUACCAAUUCCUGUGCUAAAAGAGGGUAUUCAUAAAUACAAUUUGUGCUAAAUGUGUAAUGAAAAGGAAAGGAAUGAUGCUUCAAUCUUCUUUUAACUUAAUCUGAGGGCUGUAUUCUUCACAAUGUUUGCUGGAAACAGAUUGUGAUUUUACAUCAUUUUGGUAAUUCUGCAUCUACCGUAACUGAAUAUAUGGGGUUAUGCCCAACUAACUUCUAUGCAAAGUUGACCCAUCAAAAUUAACUGACCAAAGCAAAUAAUGUACCUUAAUUUCAGUGGGUCUGCUCAGAGUAUGAGUAACAUUGGCUACCAUACAAAAUGUUUCCCUCAGCUCUUUUGGUUGGUGUUUGCAGCCAUAUUUUCCACCUGUGGGGCAGCAUCCAACAAAGUAGUUGCACUUGCACAAGGUUUUCCAUUUUCACAAUGGAACUAUCCCUCGUCUCCCUGGGCACCUUCUUCACCCUCCCCAAAUCUGCUUGCAAGGGUAACCCCUGGAACAGGGGAAGGGAACAGAGUGGGAAGGGAAGUUCCUAUACAGAGGCAAAGAUCCUUGCUCUGGCAGGACUACUUCAUUGGAGAAUGCUCUGUAUCACAAGGUACAAGUUGGGAACGGCUUAAAGAUUUGUGAAAAGGCAACUUAAAAUCUCUGCAUGUAAAGGUUGUGGUUUAGCUCUUUGGAGGCAUAGAUAUUUACAUGUAAAAGGCCCCAAAUUCAAUCCGCAAGAUCCCUUCUUAAAGGUUUGCAGGUCAUAGGGUUAAGAAUGACUUCUCUUGAGAACCUAGCAACAUAGAUGGUUUCAAGGCAGCUGCUUAUAUUUUAUAACUCACUUUUUAUUAGCCAUAUACCAACUUUUUGUUGUCCUUUUCUGAAACCAGAAAUAUUGGUAGGGGCAGAACUGAAUGACCCGAUUGCCAGCUAUUUAAUGGCUGAAAUGAAGCUCCAAGACUGUUUGUUAUCCUUAACUGUGAAAGUGGGCAACUCAAGUUGGUGAUCCUGAAAGUUCUGCAGCCCCUGUUAGUAGAAUUGGUCUCUGGAAGAAAUGUGCUGCUCUUAAUAGGACUGUUUGAAACCUUUCAGGCAUCGGAGGAGACCCAUUCAAUGGAACAAAUUUUAUUGACUGCCUGGAUGUCUUCCUGAAGGAUCCGCACACCGAAGGAAUUAUACUGAUAGGCGAGAUUGGUGGAAACGCAGAAGAGGAUGCCGCUCAGUUCCUUAGGGAAAACAAUUCUGUAAGCUUAAAUAUUUUGAGAGAGUGUCUCCUGUGCACAUUCUGCUUAUUGAGGAAGGAGGAGGGAUAACCAUUUUAAAAAUCUGUUUGUAUUCCACUCUUUUAAAGUCAAUGGGUUGGGUCGAAAGGGUCCCUUUGGAAGGAAUUUACACCCUUCACUAGAAUGUUGCACAAGAUGAAGCUAAAUCCCAAAGAUGUACUUGUGUGACCUCCUAAGUAUAAGAACUGAGGUUGCUUCCAGAUGGCAUGUAUGUUGGAACAUUCAUCCUGAUUCCUUUGCAUAAAAUUUGCAGAGAGGUUAUGCGAUGUCACACUUCGCAGUGCAUUUUCCUGUCCCUUUCCUUACUGCCAAAACACCAAAAGCCCAGUCCGAAGUGGGUUUGUUGCACACAAGCACCAAAUCAACUAUAACUCUGCAACCUGAAUUUGCCACUGUGCAGUUGUAUCCCACCAACAAAAUAGCUGCCGUCCAGAAGCAUCCCAAAUCUCUCUUCAUCACUCAAACGAAAGUUGCCUGUAGCACAAUUAAGUACACCAAGCCCAGCAGAGAGAUUAAUCAAUAACCUUUUGAAAGCCUGGCAUUUUUAGGGUAAAAGCAUUAAGUGGUUAUUACAUGCAGCUACAUAUUUGCUAGCUCCUCACCGUUCCCUAUUAAACAUAAUGAAAAUAACGGUGUAGACUAUCUCACCAAAUGGAAAGGAAGAUUCACCCCAUAAAUUUAUCCUGUGGGCUCAUUUCUGGUGGUACCAUUUUGCAGCAAAUACUGCAGUUCCCCAAAUUGCCUACGCAGGCAAAUGGGCAAUGAGUGAGUGAAAUUUGCUCAUACAACCAGACUGAGCCCACAAACUUGGGAAUGGUUCACAGGAUUGAGAGUCGUGUGUGUGGAUUACUUAUUUGUGACAUACAAGGUGGUAUUCAGAAGUUAAUUGGCAUGAUUUAACAUAUGUGGGGGGACACGGGUGGCGCUGUGCUCUAAACCACUGAGCCUAGGGCUUGCCGAUCGGAAGAUCGGCAGUUCGAAUCCCCGCAGCAGGGUGAGCUCCUCUUGCUCGGUCCCAGCUCCUGCUAACCUAGCAGUUCGAAAGCACGUCAAAGUGCAAGUAGAUAAAUAGGUAGUGCUCCGGCGGGAAGGUAAACGGUGUUUCUGUGCGCUGCUCUGGUUUCGCCAGAAGCGGCUUAGUCAUGCUGGCCACACGACCCGGAAAAUCUGCGGACAGACGUCAGCUCCCUCGGGCAGUAAAACAAGAUGAACGCUGCAACCUCAGAGUCGUUCGCAACUGGACUUAACUGUCAGGGGUCCUUUACCUUUUUUUAACAUAUGUGUAUUUUAAUUUCAGUGGGUCUACAAUGAGUAGGACUUGGUUGAAUAUCACCCACAGUGUUGCAUGAAUUGUUUUAGGGGCAGGUUUAAGGCAUUCAAAAUCUGUGUUUGUCCCAUAAGGAAAAAGUAAUACCUGAUCCAGAUGGUUUUUUUGCGCACAGCCACAUUUUACUUGGAAGUGAUUUCCCAUGUUUGUGGAAUAUGUUGCCAGGAAGCUGUGGUCAAGUCCAUAGGUGGCCAGAGUUGCAUGAUUGUUUCUCUGGAAACUCUUGGGCGCAUCAUGUUGAGGUUUCUUGAAUAACUGGACCAGUCCCAGGAGCUUCUUCAAGGCCACAAAACAUGGCUAGAUUUGGAUUUUGGUUUCUUGAGUCAGCCUUUGCACAUCAUUCUUCACUCAAAAGCUUUUAUGGCCCAGCUACUACACAUCUACAGUGGUACCUCUGGUUAAGAACUUAAUUCAUUCUGGAAUUCCAUUCUUAACCUGAAACUGUUCUUAACCUGAGGUAAAGUGCUAAUGGAGCCUCCCGCUGCCGCUGCACCACUGCUGCGCGCUUUCUGUUCUCAUCCUGAAGCAAAGUACUUAACCCGAAGUACUAUUUCUGGGUUAGUGGAGUCUGUAACCUGAAGCGUCUGUAACCCGAGGUACCACUGUACUUCAAUUUUCCACUUUGGCUUGCAAAACAAUUAGCAAACCCCACCAAAGAUGAAAUUGUAACUUUAAUCAUUAUCCCCUCUCCCCCAAAGUGGACUUUUUCUUGGUAUAUCUACCACUGGAGCUGUCUUCUAAAAUCAAAACUACUUAAAUAUUUCCUUGGUGGCCUAUACAUGAGCUAUACAAGCUUGAUCCUUACGGGAAUUUUGUUGUACUCACUUCCCUCCUUUUCUCUGCCCAGAACUCUCAGGUUGUUUCCUUAUCUCUGCCCCUAAUCCUCGGGCUGGUGCUUUGGCUUGAAUGUCUUUUUCUUGUCCAACCACGCCAAUAACUGUGCUCACUGGGGUAGUUGCAACUCUGCUUUCUCUUUCUCGCCCCUCUAUUAAAUGAUUCCUCUUUUGUCACAGGGCCCAAACGCCAAGCCAGUCGUCUCGUUUAUAGCUGGAGUCACCGCGCCUCCAGGCAGAAGGAUGGGCCACGCGGGGGCUAUCAUUGCCGGUGGGAAAGGUGGAGCGAAAGAGAAAAUUGCUGCCCUACAGAAUGCUGGCGUCGUCGUCAGUAUGUCUCCUGCUCAGCUGGGCUCUACUAUAUACAAGGUUAGUUCAGCAGCCAUUUAGAAGUUCAAGGGCACGGUGCUGCUCCUCUGCAACUUAAAGGCAAUGGAGCUUGCCAGGAUGUUGCCAGAAACAUUGGGCAGUGUGAAAGAUGUUCUUCUUCAUUCCUAUGAACAAGGCUUUUGUUGGGUUGGGUUUCUUUCAAUGCAACAGGCGUGGUAGAAGUAUGCAGAUUUAGGUUGUUGGGCAAUCUGGUUUUCAACGUCAUGAUAUCUCACCAUCAUCAUGUAUGUCAAGUAUGCAUGUUAGAAGUUGGUGAAUUCGCAAGGCAUGAUAUGCUGGCAGGCGAAGCGAGAAACUGGUUUUAUCAAGGAAAAAUGUAUAGCUGUGUCCAAAAGAACAUUGGUUUUGCUUAAUGAAAGCAAAAAUCCCCUGGUAAAAACGGGACGGAACUGGCAAUGAACAACAGUAAUAAAUAUCCUCUGAAAAGAACAAAGACAAGGAAGAAUUAAUGGUGGGCCACGGAAGGCCUGAAACACAUUGUAUGUAUUUCUGAGGUACAACAGCAAGGGUGACGUGGUGGUCCAGAAGGAGAACAGGAGGAGAGUGGCAGAAACUCAGUCGUUCUAAAAGCCAGCCCAUAGACGUCAAGGGGGAAGAAGACUAUAAAAAGGGCACUCUGCUUACCCUCAGCGUGGUAACUUGGUUCUUUUGAAAUCCGGAGAGCCAAGUGAUAUCCCGUAUGCUAUAGGACUUUCAAUAAGACAGGUCGGAGACCAGAUCUCGGUUUACACACCUUUCAUGUAACAUUUAUUUCAUAUAGUCAAGUAUACAUUAAUAAAUUGGCCCGAAGAGGUUCAAACACUCACACAUUCACACAAAUAUUCACACAAGGCCCUUCACAUGGGUUGAUCAAGCCUCACGUAAGAGCUGUGGGUUUUGGGCUGUAGCGCUGGUCCCAACGAUGCUGAGGGUAAGUAGAGUGUCCUAUUUAUUUAUUUAUUUAUUUAUUUCUCUUGUUCAUCGCCAGUUCCACCCUGUUUUUAUCAGGGGAUUUUUGCAUUGGGAUUUUUGCUUUCAUUAAGCAAAACCAAUGUUCUUUUGGACACAGUUAUACAUUUUUCCUUGAUCAAACCAGUUUCUCAGACAGGAACGAAGAUUUGGAGAUAGGCUUCAGUGGUCCAGACUAUGGGGAGCCCAGAAAAAUUAAUAAUUACAAUUUGGACUAUAAUUUGGUCGCUUUUUUAUUUUAAUUCAUUGUUUUUAAUUGGAUUAGAUUAUGAUGUGGAUAUGAUGAUUGGCUGUUUUUACUGGAAAAUCAAUAAAAAUGAUUUUUUUAAAAAAGGAAAAAACCAGUUUCUCACUUCGCCUGUCAGCAUAUCAUGCCUUGCGAAUUCUCCAUCUUCUUUUGGGCCUAACAUUCAUACUUGACAUAUACCGAUAUCUCACUGUGUCUGAUACAAGGAUGGAGCUGCGCAGAGGCAUUGGCUGGCUUCACGGCUUUUCCCGCAUCAUGAUUUUUGCCGGCGCCUGCUCUUGUUAAUUGCUGGGCCCUACAGGAGGUGGGAGAGAGCUGAGCUGGCAGAGUUUACAGCGGCUCUUUUCCCCUUGUAAUGUGGGUUAGGAAAAAUAGCGAAAGUCAUAGUUGGGACAUCGAAGAUUGCAGUCAGUUUGCCAAAAGUUGCCACGGACCCUCAGAAGCUGCUCAGAGUCUAAAGCUGUCAGUUGAGCUCCCUGCAGUGAAGCGACCUGGCCUCUCUGUGAUAACAGAGUAUGUUCCUAGUGUUCUCCAGCUACGUCACUGCAAGCCCAUUGUGACCCUGAAAACAGGCCAGCCAAUGCCAUUGAGAAGGGCAGAGCGGCCAGACAGGGGCCAGGUUAUGGAAGAGAUUGCAGAUGUUAAAGGUGGUAAACUCUGGCAGAAAGGAUGGUUUGGCAAAUGCUUGUCCCAACUCUAAUGAAACCUUGUCUCCGUCUUUAUCCCUCAAGGAGUUUGAGAAGAGGAAAAUGCUGUGAGAGGAGGAGGAGGAGGGGAUCCGUCCGAACAUGCCACUGCAGAAAUACCACCUCCCUCUGUGCUGCUCACCUGCUGAUUUUUCUUUUCUCGAAUAUAAUUGACAACGGUCUUCUGAAUUCAGCUUUAAAGCCAUCAGGUUUCAUUUCAGUGGCUCCUUUGUCCAGACAUAAUUGUACAUCAUAGCAAACGAAUAAAUCUACCACUAAACUUGAUUAUUUGAAAUCCUGGAGCUUGGUAGCUUUUUCUUACAACUUUCCUCAAAUCACUUUAUUAAAACUCUUUAACUAUCUGGAAGCUUUAAGAAUGGAUAUACUUUAAAGUAAAACUGCUUUUUGUUUCUGCUAUGGGCUUUUCGGCUUUUAUUUUUGAUGGACAAUUGUCCUUGACAUAGAAAUUGGUGCCAAAUCCUAUUGGUCUAGUACAUCAGGCAGAGCUUAGUGGCGUGCAAAUGAAUCAUUAAGCUUUCCUGAGUCCAUAGAGUGCUGGUGGCGAUCACAGUUAUCUUCAGGAGGGAACUAUAACGUAUGCAGCUUUCACAAAACACCAAAUUUAUUCACCAGCAAUGCAGUGAGGUCUGAAGACUCAGUUGGAAGUAGUAGAGCCGUCUUCGCCAACCUGAUGCCCUCCAGAUAUUUUGGGCUGCAGCUUCUAUUAAUCCUAGCCUCCAUUGGCCUCGUUGUCAUCAACUCCAGCACUUCAUGGGCAUGCUGGCUAGGACAGGUGGGAGUUAUAGUCCAGUGUACCUGUAGGGUGCCAGGUUGGCAGAGGCUGUAAGCAGUGCCUGAGGCCAGCUGUGUCUCUCUCACACUGUGUCCAGAUGUUUUAUCUGAAUGCCAAGCCCUGCCCAUAUUGUACAGGUAGGUGGGGCUGUAGCUUUUAGAUCAACUUGCAUAGAUGGAAAUGAUUUAAAACACACUCCAAAGUGCAUGCAGGGAGAGCAAAGAGUAGUGUUCUCCCUGGAUGUUUUUAAUUGUUUCAUUGAUCAGCAAAUGCUUUAGCAAAAGGCCUACUGGGUCUGUCCCAUGGCAAGUGACCUUAAGCCAUCUGAGUUGCAUUCUGGGAGGGGCAAGGCGAUGGCGAGGUUGGUGCAGUGCAAGGAUGCCAGCAGAGCCAAUCCUGGCAACACGUUUACACCGCACCAACCUCGCCACUGCACCAACCUCGCCACCGCUUCCCCCUCUCCAUCCUGGUAUGCAGCAGUGACUCAGCCACAGAACCCCACUACUUGCUAUAGGCAAUUUGCUGCAGCCAUGACAAAUCUGAUAUUUUCCCUGUCCGCUUCUUGAAAACAAGCCACUGUCCAUUGGAUGAUGGCAGGUCCUUGAUUUUUACUAAACGGAUCUCUUAUUAUUUCUAAAGCAUGUAAUAAGGAGUUCUGUGCAUAGUUACUCAGAAGCAACUGCUGCUGUUGGUAUCCUCCAGAAUGUAUUUUCUCCUAAACUGAUUCCAGCAGUCAUGUGGACUUCAUACAUAAAUCCUGCUUCAGAAAAAGUCCUUUCAUAGCCCUUGUGUUUUUCUUUUUUUAGGUUCUGCCCCCUUUGCUUUUGUCUCUGUGCUGCUUUCUCUUUAAUUGCAAACUGCUUGUGCAAUUUUCUGUGUGGGCUGUCAACAACAUGGACUUCAGUUGCAAAAUGUCUGAGCGGAACAACACAUUUCCCCAUUUAUAAAAAAGCCUGAUUUUCAUCUUCUUUUUACUAUUAGUAUUUUCACCUUGAAAGUUUUUAUGGUUCCAAAGAGCCACACGGCAAAUUCUGAAGCCUAUGAGGUGUUUAACCUUCCUGGCCAUCAGUCUGUGAAAUGGGAGGGAGUUUCAGCUAUUCAAAGGCACGAAGUAUCGAGACCCCCCCAGUGGGCGUGUCUAAAGGUGGUUCUUUUCCAUCGCAACCGUAGUUAUCCCGAGAGAAGCUAUAUUUAUACCACUUUGUACAAUGCUGGCCUAAUACUUCUCUUGCUCUUACUUGUGUUGUACCCUAGCUUUUUCUGUGCAACUGCUAAUGAGUUACUGCAGCUUUUCAAAAAGAGAGAGAGAGAGAAAAAAAAUCUACCUGAAUAUAUUUUCUGCAAAUAAUUACCAAUGAUUCUCUGCUGACAAGUUUUGCUACUUACAGGCAUACAUAAAAUGUUACGCUCGUAAAUGAGCUUUACGAGCUAUAGCGGAAUUUGAUGGUGUUUCGGUUUGCUUUCAUUAUGAACGGAAAUAAAAUCAAGUAACGCAAAACGGAGCUGGCUGCUUGUGUAGAUUGGGGUACCUUUAAAAAGAAAGCCAAUCUGUAAAGGAGGACCUUUGGGAAAGGGGGAAGACGGAGGAGGGGUGAGAACCUGUGGAUAUGAUUUUCAAAAUGUCGGUGUUGCUCAUUUUUAUCAAACAUACCCAAAGUGCUUUCUGUAUACAAAUUGAGACCGAUUCCCAACUUGCUCUUGUCCACUGCCUGCCUUUCGUGGGAAAACUAAAAUGACAAAUUUUGAGCCCAUCUCAAAGUGCCAGUGUCAUUCCUAAUUAAAAAGUGUGGCAGGCUCUGGUAAUUCAAUGCUGAGGGACUUGCACUCUGUGCAGACUCAGAGACUGCAUGCCCACUGAGCGAACGAUGCAAGCAUAGAAUUUGGUAUUACCGAAAAUGACAGCUUGCAAGAUUUCUGGGGUUUUUGGGGGGUUGGGGUUGGGGAAUGCUACUAGGAGUCAAGGCUGUGAUGGAAGUAUGUGGGUGCAAUCCAGCGCAGAGAACCAGCUCUAAAUGUCCUGUUGGAACACGUUAGAAUGCUUGAGGGUGUCCCUUGUGAAUAGCCAUUGAAAUCAAUGGACAAACAGCUUAACAUCAUUAAAUUUUUGAGUAUAAUGAAGGUUGGAUAUCACCUCUCUAAUAAUCC